UCUUUCUUUCAGCUGCCUUAGCGUUUCUUUGUUCAUUUUCUCCUUUUAAAGAGUAAUUAGAAGAAAAAAAAUGGCUUCCCAACGGCAAUAUUGUCUAACACUUUUGUUCAUUUUAAUAACCUCUCUUGUCUCCUGCUGUUUUAGUAGUUAUCAGGAUGAACCUUCUGUUAGCAAUGGCUUUCAUAUUCAUGAAGAUAGUUAUAAUCCCAACUCUGAGACGAAUGAUCGAAUUCUCAGGAGGCUUGCUCAGGCAAAUGUUCCUGCUACUUCACCGGAGAUUGUAAAUGUUGACGAUUUUGGAGCUAAAGCUGAUGGAACAGACGAUUCUCAGGCUUUUUUGCAAGCUUGGAAGCAGACUUGUUCUUCUGAAAGUGAAGCCGUUUUAAUUAUCCCCAAGAACAAAAUUUAUCAUCUCAAGCCAGUUACAUUUUCGGGUCCCUGCAAAUCCGGUGUUACAAUGAAGAUUUAUGGAACAAUAAAAGCAACAGUUCAUCGAUCGGACUACGCAAAAGAUCCAAGACAUUGGAUUAUUUUCGACGGUGUGAAUGAUUUCAUAGUAGAAGGUGGUGGCACCAUCAAUGGCAAUGGCAAAAUAUGGUGGAGAAAUUCAUGCAAAGUCAACAAAAGCCUUCCCUGCAAGGAUGCCCCAACGGCUGUAACUUUCUACAACUGCAAUAAUCUGAGAGUGGCAAGCUUGAGGUUAAAAAAUUCUCAGAAAAUGCAUCUCUCCUUUCAGAAAUGUGUGAAUGUGAAAGCUUUGAAUCUGAAAGUGAUUGCUCCAGGGCACAGUCCCAAUACUGAUGGCAUUCAUGUCACUGAAACAAAAAAUAUUCAGAUUAAAGACUGUGUCAUUAGAACUGGUGAUGACUGUAUAUCGAUAGUAAGUGGGUCGAAAAAUGUUCGAGCAACGGGUAUAAUUUGUGGACCAGGUCAUGGAAUCAGCAUAGGAAGUUUAGGAGCUGGACAUUCAGAAGCUGCGGUUUCAAAUGUGGUAGUGGAUGGAGCAAGACUUACAGGAACCACCAACGGAGUUAGAAUUAAGACCUGGCAGGGAGGAUCUGGAUACGCCAAGAGCAUAAUUUUUCAAAAUAUCGCAAUGAACAAUGUGAGCAAUCCGAUAAUAAUUGAUCAAUACUACUGUGAUCAAGAAGAACCCUGCGAAGAACAGGCAUCAGCUGUGCAAAUAAGCAAUGUUUUGUACAAGAACAUCAAAGGGACUAGUGCUUCAGAAGUUGCUAUUAAAUUUGACUGCAGCAAGAGCUCGGCUUGUCAAGGGAUAUUACUGCAAGAUGUUGUUCUUGGAAGCCAUGAAAAGGAUGAGACUGCCAAGGCUUCGUGUUUAAAUGUUGAACUGAAGAAGAGAGGGAGUUUACGGCCUCGUUGUUCUUGAAGGAAGAACAAAGUAAAUUAAUUAGCUAGUAAUUAAGUACCAGAAUUUGCAUAGUAAUAAACAUCUAGAUUAGUGAUGAUUAUGUGUUUUGUAAAUACCAAAAUAACAUAAUCACAUACAUUAAGGUACUAUUGUAGUUUUUAUUUAAUUAGUGUAAAUAGUUAAUUUACAAGAAAAAAUCUCUUCUUUUACCUGUUAGAAAAAUAAUAAAAUAUUUAUUAUAUGUCA